AUGCCACCAAAGGUUUUCCUGACCGGCACCACAGGUUACAUCGGCGGUGAUUUUCUUUACCUGGUCUCCGAACGACACCCGGACUGGGAGCUCACUUGCCUGGUGCGGAACAGUGACAAGGGAGCAAAAAUCGCGACAGUCUAUCCUAAGGUACGACUCGUCUACGGGGAUCUUGAUAAAGUCGACUUGAUUGAGGAGGAAGCCGCCAACACAGACGUCGUCUAUCACUUUGCCGAUUGUGAUCAUGUACCGUCAUCCCAAGCUAUAUCUCGAGGCCUUGCCCGGCGACAGCGUGACGGGGUUGGCUAUUGGAUUCACACAUCCGGUACACUGAUCCUCGGCUAUGAAACAAUAGUCAAAAAGGUGUUCGGCGAGCGUCUUGAGAAGGUCUUUGAUGACUGGGAGAAUGUCAAUGAACUCACGUCCCAGCCGCAUGAAGCACCCCACAGAGACGUCGAUGAAGUCGUGCUGGCUGCUGGUUCGGACAAGGUCAAGACCGCCAUUGUUUGUCCCCCGACGAUCAUAGGUGCUGGGCGAGGUCCCGGCAAUGCACGAUCGAAGCAGCUCUACAGAACCACCGAGACAUUUCUAAAGCACCAGCAGGCCUUCAAGGUUGGCAAAGGCGAGAACAUAUGGCACUAUAUCAAUGUCCAAGAUCUUUCCGACCUGUACCUCCUGCUCGGCGAAGCCGCCGUCAACGGAGGGCCUCCAGCUACAUGGAACGACCAAGGGUAUUACUUGGCGGAAAAUGGGCCCUUUGUUUGGGGCGAAGUGUUGCAGGAGGUGGCCAAGAUUGCGCAUAAAGAAGGCCUCCUCCCAGAUUCGACCCUCAAGAGCCUUUCGCCUGAAGACGCCGAUAAGAUCAUGCCGUUCGCACCAUACUCCGUGGGCACAAAUUCUCGUGGCGUCUCACAACGAGGGAAGAAACUUCUAAAUUGGACUCCUAAGAUGCGCGACAUACAUGCAGAGGUAGCAACUGCCGUCGACGGCGAGGCUCAUCUUCUAGGACUGAAGAAGAGUCAUGCCGAGAAGGUUGUUCAAGGUUAG